AUGUCAAGGGCUCCCAUCCUCAUAAAGGAUCUGGUCAAGGGGAACCAAGUCUGGAAAAUGAUGAUUAGGGUUGUGGAUCUUUGGGUUGUUAGUGAGAAAAAUGGCCACCAACACCUUGAGAUGGUCAUUCAAGAUGUAAAGGGUGAUAAGAUACACGUGACCACUUGGAACCGAGAUUUCAAAGAUUGGUUUGAACAAGUCAAGGAGCAUGAGACAUUUAUUGUGUAUAAUGGAGAGCCCGUUGACAACGAAGGUCCUUUGAAAGUUUGUUCUCACCCACUCAAGCUCAUCUUCAACGGAGAUGUUAUAGGGGUAUUGCAAGACGUAGUUAGGACACAAAUGGGCGGCGUUGGUCGAAAAUCUUGCGUCAAUAUUACCUUGCGUGAUGUCGAAGGCAAUGUUAUCGAGGUGGCAUUAUGGGAGGCUUACGGCAAGCAAUUCAUGAACUACACUACCCCGGACAACAUUUCUGGGCCUACAAUUAUCGUUCUGACCCAUGCCUGGUGCAAGCCAAAUACAGUUUCCGGUUUGCCGUCUCUUUCGAACGCGUGGAACGGGUCUAGACUUUACAUUAACUUGGAUCAUCCUCAGGUUGCCGAAUUCAAAGCUAGUUUUGGAGCAACUGCUUUAUCCGGUAUACCUGCGCUUUCCCAAUCAUUAACCGCCGAUUCGACCAUUCAAUCUGCAAACAGUUUCUGGACUAACUUGGCUGAAGUCAAGACUAUCCAAUCAAUCUCUGAACUAGGAAAGGAUUCUUACGCAACCACUAUUGGGACUACCGUCGGUUUCAAAGCGUCCAAGAACGGAUGGUAUUUUGAGUCUUAUGCUGGCUCAUCUGGAAAUACAGAUCCUGAUCCUGUUAUUAAGUUCAAAGUUGAGGUUGAAGUCGUCUAUGCUAACCACUAUGGAACCUUUGUUUUUUGGGAUAAGGAUUGUAUCCCUUUUACAAAAAAGUCUGCUAAGGAAUUAAGAGGGAUUAUGAAGGAGGCUGGAGAGGACAACCCAAAAAUUUGGCCUGCUCAUCUAGAUGUUUUGUUGAAUAAACAAUUUGUGUUCCGUGUCAAGUAUCAAAAACAGUUCCAACAAUUCUCUAUCGUGAAAAUACUUGACGAGGACGGUCUAUACGCCAAGUUUGACAAAUACCUCACCCCGGAUGAGAGCAUGCCAAGUGACCCCGUUCUUGAAAAUGAUGCCACUGCUCCGAUACUCAAUCCAAACCAGCUCACACAAACUUCUGAGCAAUCAAUCUGUGCUGAGCAUUACUCGGCUGCUAACCUGGCUUGGAGCCCGGAGGCAAGCUCCAACAGUACUCCAGCCAAGAGGGUAUCAGAUUCAGCCUCAUUUAACGAUCUAAUCCAGCCCGAAGAGAUAACUCCCAAACAAUCAGCCACUAAGGCCAAGACUGGAAAGAAGAUUAAGCAUUUGAAGAAAGAAUAA